UUCACACACGAUAUUUCUACCUGUCCUGUCCGUGUGACAACUGUAACUAUUAAUAAAGAGAUUCAGGGGAUAGCUUUGUAUAAUUCAAAGGCCACACCAAUCAAUACACUGUGUGCGGGUUAUGAACCAUCAUUUGCAACAAUUGAAAUCUGCGAAGUAAAAGUGAUGGGUUGUCCAUCUAAACAUUAUGGAGAAAACUGCAAUCUCUGUAACCCUAAAUGUCGUGAUACAGUUUGCGAUGCUUUUAAUGGUUCCUGUAUCUAUGGAUGCAGGGACAAUGUCAUUGAAUCACCGUAUUGUUCAGAAUGCAAAGACGGCUAUUAUGGACCAGACUGUACACAGAAUUGUAGCUAUUGUAAAACUGGUACACUUUGUAACAAAACAAGUGGAAUAUGCCCAAAUGGUUGUCAGGAUAAGUGGGGUGACCCAAGGUGCACAG